AUGAAACUGGAUAUCAAGAGAGUGAACCCCGUUUUCACUUGGUCCUGGGAUACAAGAGACCCAGCAGCUGCAAAGGAUAGGCAGUACCCGUUCCUUUACAACUAUUAUCCUGUGGACGUUGAAAAGGCACAUCUUGAGAACGGUAAUGCUGUCGAUGGAGACGAGGAUGAAGAUGUGUGUGGUAUAUGCAGGGCAAGCUACAACGGGACCUGUCCCAGCUGUAAGAUUCCCGGUGAUUCGUGCCCUCUCGUAGCUGGGCUAUGCCAUCACCACUUCCACUACCAUUGUAUUUUCAGAUGGUUGGACACGAACACCUCUAAGGGGCUCUGUCCAAUGUGUCGACAGCAGUUUCAACUGAAUUCAAAACUGCCCAUCAAUCGACCCUAUCUGGAGAAAUUUGAGAGUAUAACGAAGGCCAUCAGAGAGAGAGUUUUUUUAGAUGAAGCAUUCGACGGGAACAGCCAACAGGAGGAGUAUGGAAACGAAAUGCCGUCAGAUAGCGGUGGGACGGGACAAGAGCGCCGUUCCGCAGAUCAAUCUGACUUGGAAGAGGACGAAGAGGAGCAAGAGGAUAGUUUUUAUGGCCACCUCGACGUCAACAUCGAAUAA